GCUCCCGUGACGUCGGCGGCGCCGAGCGCAGGCGGCGGCCGCGCUGGGGGAAGCUGUGGGCGCGGGACCCGCUGCCGCCGGGCCCGGGGGAGCCGCCGCAGGUCUCCACAUGAAACCAGAGACCCAGGCUGUAACUGCUGUAGCCCGACAGUUUGGUUUGAGAUGGAGAGCAUUACACAGUUGUUCAAUGAUCUGUGCGAGGCACACUUGACAGGUUUGCCAUGGAAGGUCCACCUGGGCAGGCGGAAGAUCAGCAAGAGAAGGGCUAAGCAAAGUCUGAAAAGGGUUGCUUAUAAUGCCCUGUUCAUGAACCUUUUUCAAGAUGAGGCUCGCAAGCUGCAAUCAAACGUUUCCAGGCUUCCAGUCAAAAACAAAAUUUUGAUGUUGUCUUUCAACUUGAGAGUUGGUGGCCUAGGUGCACAAGCAGAUAGACUGGAGAAUCUUGUAGAGGAACUGGAAACAGCUGAGUGCUUACCAUUUACUGAAGUUAAUUCUGUCUUGGAUCUCUUAGUCCAGCUUGCUGGAACAGGGCCUCCUCAGCUUGUACCGCAAAAAAAGGACUAUUUUCUGAACAACAAGCAUGUUGGGAGAAACGUAAAAUAUCAGGGUUAUGAUUAUUAUGACGUGAGUGUAUUUGAAGCUGAUAUACAGUCUCUCAUAACAAACGAAGAAUGUCAGUUCAAUGACACCAUUCAAAAGACGCUUCAGAUAAUGGAGGCUGCACCUGGCACUGGACUCCCUGCCAUAGGGCUGUUCUCACAGAACUGCCCUGCUGGUGACAAGUUUGAGAAAGAAACGCGGGUCUCGCUCUUCGGUGCCCUAGUCCAUAGCCGUACGUAUGAUAUGGACAUCAAGUUGGAUUUACCACCUGUGCCUGACAAUGCAGAUUUGUCUGGACUUGCAAUUAAAGUUCCUCAGAGUAUAGACCAGUCAGAAGAUGAGGGAUUCCAGUCAGCAUCCAAUCUGACUCCUGAUUCUCAGUCAGAGCCCAGCAUGACUCCGGACAUAGACCUGUGGGAUGCGGUGCUCACAUACGGACCCAGCAAACGAAGAUGUUGGGAAAGAAUUGGAUACCCACCUGGUAAAAAAGAGGAACCGUACCUUACUGAAGCCGGGAGAGAAGCUUUUGACAAAUUUUACAAACUUCGAGAAGGGGAAUUGCAGCUCUUCAGUAAUACUGUACUUCAGCUUCCACAGCUCGUGCUUAUGAAGGAACCUGAACUGGUUAAGGAUGUCUUGAAUGUCCUCAUUGGAGUGGUGUCCACUACAUUUUCACUCAAUCAGGCUGCUCAGACAUUUGUGAUAAAGGAGGGAGUAUAUGUGUCUGGAACUUCACCAGAGACCAUGAACAACCUGCUCUCCGAAGUUGCAGAGUAUGGAACCUAUUACACACGGCUAAGUCGUUUUUCUCUUCAGCCAGUUUUAGAUUCUUCAUACAGCAAAGGACUUGUGUUUCAGGCAUUCACAAGUGGGCUGAGAAAAUAUCUUCAAUAUUACCGAGCCUGUGUUUUGUCAACACCUCCUACUUUAAGCCUUCUAACAAUCAGCUUUCUCUUCAGAAAAUUAGGUCGUCAGUUGAGGUAUUUAGCUGAACUUUGUGGCAUAGGAACAACAGUGCUGGGGAUCAGUAGUGGAGCUGCUGCUUCAUUUCCUACGGUGAUAAUUAAUUCGAUGUUUUUCUGUUUGGUUUGGGUUACAAUGUUAAUAUUCUUCAAAAUUAGGUCUGAAUACAAGAGGGUUGAUUUUCAAUAUCAUACGAUUUUUUUUAGAUUUAUCUAUGAUUGGGUAUACAGUGGUGUAUUCAGAGACGUUUAUGGAGAAUUUAUGAUCCAGGUGAAUGAGGAUUAUCUUUGCUUCAGAGAUAAACAUUACUGGACUCAUGGCUAUGUUUUGAUUUCAAAAGAAGUAGAAGAUUGUGUCCCUGUGUUUCUUAAACAUAUUGCCAAUGAUGUAUACAUAUGCGGGAAAACCAUAAACUUACUGAAAUUGUGCUGUCCUAGGCAUUAUAUAUGUUGGUCAGACAUACCUGUUCCCCGGAUUUCAGUCAUUUUUUCACUUGAGGAGCUGAAAGAAAUAGAGAGAGAUUGUGCAGUGUACGUAGGUCGAAUGGAGAGAAUUGCCCGGUACAGUUCCAUAAGCAAGGAGGAAAAGGAUCUGCGCAUGGAAAUAGCCAGACAAGAAUUAAUUGCUCAUGCUCGAGAAACUGCUAGCAAAGUGCUGCAAGCCAUUAAUGAUCGACAAAUAUCAGAACGGAUGGCUUUGGAUGCGAAGAAACGGGAACAGUUUCAGAAGCUGAAAGAGCAGUGCAAAGACCAAGAGCGUCGCCUUGCAAUAAAACAAGAGGAGAUUGAUGAUGAUUUCAGCUAUGCCCGAGAGCUCAGAGAGAGAGAAAAAAGACUGAAAGCUUUAGAAGAAGAACUGGAAAAAAAGGCAAGGCAAGAGUUAAUUGACCAUUAUAGCAAACUUUCUGAUGAUGCAGCCCGUAGGGAACAAAGAGCAUUAUGGAAAAUCCAGCGACACAAGUUGGAAACAGCCCGUCUUAAGUUUCUGUUAGAAGACCAAAAACGCAUUGAGGAAAUGCUUGAAAAACUUCCAGAUGGAAACUACAGGAGAAAAUUAGAUAUUAUUCCCUAUAAACAGUGCCAGUUGGCUUUAGAUAAAAACUCUGUUGUGAAAGAUCCACAUUCCCAGGUGUCAUCUGUGAACCCUCUGCAUUCUAAUGAGACAGCUGGCAGAAAAGAAUCUGAGCCUGGACUGGAACAUUCUACUUCUACUGACAAAAUAUUGCCCAUGCCAGAGCUGACAAAUAAUAAUGCUGAUCAGCAUGUUCAGCCUAAAGCAGCAGGAUCUGAAAGCAGUCUCCAAAGUUCAGAGAAAGCAUCCAGUCCGCUAUACAGUGCUGAUUCCUUGCCUGAAUCCACUGUGAAUAUAGAAGAUUUCCUACCAAAGCCACAAGAUGAACAACCUGCUGCCGUUAGCGUACAGGGGUCUUUGCUAGAUGAAGCAUUCCAAAAUAUUAACUCGGAUCUUUCUGAGACUUCUCAUGUAAGUGAAAGUCAGCAUGUCAUGAGUGGAGCACUGGAAGGAGAAGACAAUGCACCAUUGCAUCAGCAAAAUGAGUAUGAUUUUAAUACAAUUCUCAGACCAUCUGCAGCUUUGCAGGGAAAUGUUAGAGUUGGAGAAAAUGUGUUUGAUGUGGAGUACAGAAGGCCUCGGUGGAAUAUUCAUGGACAUGCAUCUGAUGCCAACAUUAGAGUGGGAGAAUAUGUACCUCAUGUGGACACUCACCAGCCACAGGCAAGUCCUUUUGGCCAUUCUUCAGACUCCCAUAUGAACAUCAGCAGCUAUACUUCUGAAGUGGAAUCUAGCCGACCCCGAUGGAAUGUUCACGGGCAUGUUUCUGAAGCUCAUAUUAAAAUUGGGGAAUAUGCUUCAGAGGUAGAGUCCUCAAGGCCUAGGUGGAACAUUCAUGGGCAUGCUUCAGAAGCUAACAUUAAGAUUGGAGAGUAUGUGUCAAACGUAGCUCCUGCGAGGCCUCGGUGGAACAUCCAUGGUCAUGCAUCCGAUGCCAAUAUCAAGGUUGGCGAGAACGUGUCAGAGGUGGUCUCAGCUAGACCUCGUUGGAACAUCCAUGGCCAUGCUUCACAGUCGCACAUCAGGAUUGGAGAACUGGUUUCAGAUACAGAGCCUGUGAAAUCUCGUUGGAGCCCGUUUGGUCAUGCAUCCCAGUCAAGCAUCCAAAUAGGGAACUGGGCCCCAUCUACAGAAGAUGAUCCAAUACCUCAUCGCAAAACCAUUUCAGGUCCUUCAUCUGACUCCACGGUUCAGACACUUCUGUACAGUGAAGAAUUGUCUCCUGCUGAAGGGAGCAAAAAGGAAGCAAAAACAUCACAAGUUAAGAAAAAGACUUUACCACAGUCGCAGUCAUCUGACAGUGUUCCAGUCUCUCCUGAUGCUAACAGUAAAGAUGGCAAAAAAGAAAAUACAAUGGAAGAGAAACAGGAAGUAAUUGCAAAUGUGGUCAACAGGGACCCUUCUCCAGAUUCCUCACAGAGCUUACAGGCAGAACCCAAAAAAGCAAUUCCACAAGAUACUAUGCCUCAAGAAACUUCAUUUUCUGAAGCUGAUGCCCCCAAGACUAAGGAGGAGGAAGAGGGAGAGGAAGAUACAUGGAAGAAAGAACAAGCUUAUUUGAAAGCCUUAUCGGAUCAGUAUUGUAUUGAAAAAUAUCAAGAUAGUUAUGACUUGAUGUCAGAACUCCCAGUUUCUCAUCUCUUGCAUCACGUUAUACCAAGAUCCUACACUUUUCCUGUGGACCCCGUGGUACAGUCAGCAACAGAUGAAACGGCUGUACAGCUGAGCGAGCUCUUAUCCCUGCCAGUGCUGAUGAAACGUUCUAUUACUGCUCCACUGGUAUCUCAUGUUUCUCUUGUGAACAAAGCAAUAGUUGACUACUACUUUGUGGAACUGAAUGUAGAAAAGCAUUUUGAAGCACUGAGACACUUUUUGUUAAUGGAGGAUGGGGAGUUUGCUCAGUCGCUCAGUGACCUGUUGUUUGAGAAGCUUGGAUCAGGACAAACACCCGGUGAACUGCUGAAUCCACUGGUUCUUAACUCUAUCCUAAAUAAAGCAUUACAGUACAGUCUUCAUGGUGACACCCAGCUUGCUUCCAAUCUUUCUUUUGCUCUCAAGUACCUUCCAGAAGUGUUCAAACCUAAUGCACCUGAUGCUCUGAGUUGCUUAGAGCUGAGAUACAAGGUUGACUGGCCUCUGAACAUCGUCAUUACUGAGAGCUGCAUGAAUAAAUACAACAAGAUCUUCUCCUUUUUGCUUCAGCUGAAGCACAUGGUAUGGACUCUCAAGGAUGUUUGGUUUCACUUAAAACGCACUGCUUUAGUGAGUCGUGCUUCAAAUUCUGUUCAGUUUCGACAGCUCCAGCUGUAUAAACACGAAAUGCAGCAUUUUGUGAAAGUUAUUCAAGGUUACAUUGCUAAUCAGAUUCUUCAUGUGACAUGGUGUGAAUUUGGAAACAAGCUGUCUUCUGUAGGCAACCUGGAGGAAAUUCACAGAACACACGCUGAAUACCUCAACAAAGCCAUCUUCAGGGGUCUGUUGACAGAGAAGGCAGCCCCCGUGAUGAACAUUAUCCACAGCAUCUUCAGCCUCAUUCUGAAGUUCCGCAGCCAGCUGAUCUCCCAGUCCUGGAGCUUUGAUGCGGGGAAGCAAAUGGCCGUUCAUCCCAACUUCGCUCUGAUGCAACAGUCGUACAAUACCUUCAAGUAUUACUCCCACUUCUUAUUCAAAGUGGUAACAAAGCUUGUAAAUAGAGGAUACCAACCACAUUUGGAGGACUUUCUACUGCGGAUCAACUUUAAUAAUUACUACAAGGAUAACUGAACUCUGUGGUGUAAGGAUCACUGAUUGCAUGGAAAAACAGAACGAGAUAAACCUAUAUGCUUAUGAAUUAUAGAAGCUUAUGCAAAUGCCAUGCAAGAAGCAUUUUUCUUUGGUGAAAUAACCUGCCAUCUAAUCCCUUGAAGAAUAUAACCACCACAUACAGAUAACGAUGCUGCUUAAAAUCCACCACUCCUACCAGCUUUUUGAUCUACUGAGAGCUUAUGUUGUCAUUAUUGCAAAGAUAGAAAAGCUGAGUGCCUGGGCUGAGUGCAAAACUGUAUAUCCUGUGAAUGUGUAAAUGUUGUAUUUUCAGUGUUGUGAAUUUUCACCAAUGUAAAUACAUGUCCGUGAAAUAAAUUAACAGCUACUUUGUAAAA